AUGGAUCAUGAAGGGCUUAUCCUGUUCCCCGUCCUUAUCUACCAGCGCAGGGAGCUGUGUUCCCAGGGAGUUACAAGUCUUACUAUUAAAGACUUAGGCAAAGAAGGCAUUAAGUACCUCAACCUUACCCCUAUCCUUGGUGACCAGGACAAAGUUGGAGAAUUUGCAAGAAUGAGUAAGAUUGAAUUACUUGAAGCCACUGAAAAAUCUAUUGGUCCUCCAGAAAUGUAUCAAUUUCACUGUAAACUGAAAAACUUAAAAGAAAAAGAAAGAGAACUAGAGAAUGUGUGCAAAGACAAAGUCAACUCUUUGGAAAAAAUGAAACAGAGGGCUGAACGAUACAAACAGGAUGUUGAUAGAUACCAGGAAUGCAAGCGCCAUCUAGACCUAAUUGAUAUGCUUCAGAGAAAAAGACCUUGGGUGGAAUAUGAAACUGUUCGUCAGCAGCAUGAGGAUGUAAAGCAAAAGAGAGACCAGGCCAAGGAAGAACUGAAGAAUCUGAAGGAAAUACAAUCUCCACUGACAAAAAAAAUUCAAGAAUUUGAAGAAUGUUAUAAUAGUCUGAAUAUGAAAAUCAGAAAUACAGCUGAUGAAAUCAAAGAUGUUUCUCAAAAAUAUAAAGAAAAGCAGGAUGCACUGGAGAUGAAAGAUAAGCAAAUUUCAGAAAUUAAUCAAGCUCUCAGAAUGAAAAAAGGUGAAGAAGCAGACAGAAAAAAGAAAAUACUAAGUGCUUAUAAGAUGAUAGAUGAAUGGAACAAUGAGAUUAAUACAGUAAGAGACUGUGAGAACCUUCAGCCACAAAUUGAUGCUGUCAAUAAUGAACUGAAACAUGUACAGGAAGAAAGGGCAAAUAUUGACAGUGAUAUUGGUGAUGUAACAACAGAGAAAAUAAACCAAGAGAGGGAGAAUGAAAGAAUAAUUAAUCGCAUUGGACAACUUAAUAAUAUAAUUAAAAUGAAGGAAGAGGAUCUUCAAAGGAGAUUCCGAGACACACACUCUGCUCUUAUGUGGCUAAGAAAGAACAAACACAAGUUCAAAAAAGAAGUUUGUGAACCUAUGAUGCUUACAAUCAAUGUCAAAGACAAUAAGCAUGCCAAAUAUGUUGAAAAUCACAUUUCGACCAAUGACAUGAAGGCUUUCGUUUUUGAGAGUCAAGAGGAUAUGGAACUGUUUCUUGUGGAGUUGCGUGAUCGUCAGAAACUAAGAGUGAAUGCUGUGUGUGCACCUGAUAAAUCGUGUGCUGAAACUUUACCUUCAACACCUAUUGAAGAAUUACACCGAUAUGGAUUUUUUUCAUAUUUACGAGAGUUGUUUGAUGCUCCUCUUCCUGUGAUGAGCUACCUUUGCUCCCAGUAUCAUGUUCAUGAAGUCCCUGUGGGAACGGAGAAGACCAGAAACAUGAUUGAAAGGGUAAGAUGUACUGAAUAUGCUGCACAAAGCCAAGAGUAUUUCAGCUUUUGGGAUAUUCCAUAUUAUGUGGUGUCAUGCAGAAAACUAGAAAACUGUGGGGAGUUGAUCAGUGGGGCAGCUGAAAAACACAUUAUUUGUUUUCCUAUGCAGAAUUAUGUAUCACUAAACAUCCGCAAAGCAGAUUUUAUCCUUCAGAGCACUGCAGUGGAUGCUGAGAAGAACAGACUAGAAGCAGAGUACAAGGCAGCAAGUGUUGAGCUGCAAGCUUCAGAGCAACGUUUUCUUGAACUGGAUGAGAGAAAGCAGAUUCUUACACAGAACUGCAAGGAGUUGCUGAAAAAAGCUCGACGGAUGUGCAGUAUGAAUCUGGAUCGGCAUCUUCCAAAAGAUUUUCAAACGGCUUUUCAGACUCUUCCAAACACACUGGAGGAAAUAGAUGCUUUUCUGAAUGAAGAGAAAUCGAGGGUCUCCUGUUUCACAGGCCUGAGUGCUUCAGUUGUUGAAGAAUGCAGUAAGCAAAUGGAAGAAAUACAAAAGCUGAUGGAAGAUAUAGAAGAAAAUAAAAAGGAAUUGGAUAACUAUAAGCAAAGUAUUUCAGAGAUAAAAGAAAGAUGGUUAAACCCCUUGAAAAAGAUGAUUGAGAGCGUUAAUGAGAAAUUCAGUGGCUUCUUUAGUUCUAUGGAAAGUGUUGGUGAAGUUGAUCUUCAUGUGGAAAAUGAGGAAGAGUACGACAAAUACGGGAUUCGCAUAAGAGUCAAAUUCCAUAACUUUGCUGAUCUUCAUGAAUUGACUCCAUAUCAUCAGAGUGGAGGUGAGAAAAGUGUUUCAACUGUCUUGUACCUGAUGGCUCUACAGGAACUCAACAGGUGUCCUUUCAGGGUUGUAGAUGAAAUAAAUCAGGGCAUGGAUCCAGUGAAUGAAAGAAGAGUUUUUGAAAUGUUUGUGAAAACUGCGUGUAAAGAAAGCACAUCACAGUACUUCCUAAUUACACCAAAGCUAUUGCAGAAUCUCACUUACAAUGAAAAGAUGACGUUGCUGUUUGUCUACAAUGGACCUUUUAUGGUGGAGGCAAACAAAUGGAACUUACAGGCUUUCUGUAGGUGGCGGCGUCGGCUUGGAAGGAUGGAUAAACAGUGAUACAUACAUGAUAUAUAUGCAUAUACACACAUAUAUAAAAUAUUUUAUGCUCUUAUAGAAUAUUUUAUAAUAUCAAUCAUUCAGAUCUUCAGAAAUUGUAAAAGAUGAGAAACUGCAAAGGGUCAAUGCUUAAGAGCUUUGAUUGUUAAAACUUUGUAAAAAUACAUUGGAUUUGAAAUGCAUGAUUUUUUUUACAUCUUUCAUAGUGGCUUGUUUAAAAAAUAUUUUAAAUAAAAAGGAAGUUUCUUUAUUUUGUUACUUUCAAUAGUAUAAAAAAUAUGUUUAAUUGUUCUAGGUUAUAUUGGACUAAACUGCUGUUUGUUUUUCUAGAAGUUUGGAGUUUACUUUUAUUAAACUGUAUUUCCCUAACACAGUUAAGGAUGUUCCCCAACUUUUCCAACUGAAAUGGAAAGUUUUUGAAUGAAUAAACGAGUGAAACAGAA